GUUUUGGUUACCCCAAACUUGCUCAAAUACUUCAGAUAAACUUAAGCUUACUUCUCUUUCAUGCCUCUCUUCAUUUCCCACUCCCAAUAUCUCUAUCAAUCCCCAUAUCCCACUCUCUCCAACAACGACAAGCCUGCAGAUGGUACAAGGUCAUGGUAACCGCCCUCAAAUGAGCAGCCAACGAUGAGCACCUCCAUAAGUCUUCAUUUUUCUCAAACUUUUAACUUAUUUGAACUGCCAAUACCACUUUCCUAUCCUAAAAAUAGAAGUAGAACCUCAGCAGUCGUAAGUCUACCUUCUCAGAAUACCCAGAAAUCAACUGCAUCCUUGAAAACCAAAAUUCCCAUUUCGACAGAAGCUAAAGGACCUGACAAAAAGUUUCAAAUCCAACCCUUAAUUUACCUCCUACGUGACUCUGCCGAUGAAGGGUCUUUGAAACAAGCUAAAUCUGUUCAUGGGUUUGUGUUAAAAUCCAGUUUUUCAGACAAAGAACUGUUAAUUUUGUUGAAUCACGUUGCCCAUGCCUACUCGAAAUGUUCGGACUUAAGUUCUGCUUUUCGGGUAUUUGAUAAAAUGUCUCAAAGAAAUAUAUUCUCUUGGACUGUCAUGAUUGCUAGUUCAACAGAGAAUGGAUUUUUCUUGGAUGGGUUUAAAUAUUUUUAUCAAAUGCUUAGUUAUGGAGUCUUACCUGAUACUUUUGCGUAUUCUGCAAUUAUGCAGACAUCUAUUGGUUUAGAAUGUAUUGAAUUGGGUAGAAUGGUGCAUGCCCAGAUUGUUAUAAGAGGCUUUCAUUCUCAUACUUUUGUUGCUACAUCUCUUCUUAACAUGUAUGCAAAGUUGAGGAGUAUUGAGGACUCGUAUGAGGUUUUCAACACCAUGACAGAACAUAAUGAAGUUUCAUGGAAUGCUAUUAUUUCGGGUUUUACAUUAAGUGGAAUGCAUUUGGAAUCAUUUGAUCAUUUCCUACGAAUGAAGAAUGAAGGAAUCAUGGUGAAUGCAUAUACAUUAAUUAGUGUUUCAAAAGCCGUAGGCCAGUUAAGUGAUAUUGACAAAGGGAAAGAAGUUCAGUCUGUUGCUGUUGAGUUGGGCAUGGAGUCUGAUGUGCAGGUGGGGACAGCUCUCAUUGAUAUGUACUCAAAUUGUGGAUCUCCUCAGGAAGCUAGAGCUGUUUUUGACUCAGAGUUUGCUAAUUUUCAGGUGAACAUGCCAUGGAAUGCCAUGAUUUCUGGUUAUUCACAAAAUGGGUGUAGCCAAGAAGCUUUGAAACUAUAUGUAAGAAUGUGUCAAAAUGAUAUAAAAUCUGAUGUUUAUUCAUAUUGUAGUGUAUUCAAUGCAAUUGCUGAUUUAAAGUAUAUACAGUUUGGAAAGCAAGUUCAUGGGAUGGUUUGGAAAUCUGGAUGUUAUAUGAUGGUUAUUAGUGUUUGUAAUGCAAUUGCUGAUGCAUAUGCCAAAUGUGGAGCUCUUGAAGAUGUAAAAAAGAUUUUUUACAGGAUGGAGGAGAGAGAUAUAGUGUCAUGGACAACCCUGGUGACUGCACACUCUCAGAGCUUGGAGUGGGAGGAAGCACUGACUAUUUUUUCUCAGAUGAGGGAAGAAGGAUUUAGACCUAACCAAUUUACCUUUUCCAGUGUCCUAGUUUCUUGUUCUAGCCUUUGUUUUCUUGAGUAUGGUCGGCAAGUUCAUGGUCUUUUGUGCAAGGCUGGGUUGGCCACGGAUAAGUGCAUAGAGAGUGCUCUGGUGGACAUGUAUGCAAAAUGUGGGAGUGCAAGAGAGGCAGAGAAGGUCUUUGAAAGGAUUUUAAACCCUGAUACUGUCUCAUGGACAGCUAUGAUAUCGGGUUAUGGGCAACAUGGUCUCUCGGAGAAUGCCCUUAAACUCUUCAAAAGGAUGGAGCAACUAGGCAUGAAGGUUAAUUCUGUUACUUUACUCUGUGUUCUGUUUGCUUGCAGCCAUGGAGGAUUGGUAGAGCAAGGAUUAAAAUAUUUUCAAGAAAUGGAACAAAAUUAUGGUCUGGUUCCAGAGAUGGAACAUUACGCUUGUAUUGUUGAUCUAUUUGGUCGUGUGGGUCGUUUUGAUGAUGCAAUGGAGUUUAUAGGAAAGAUGCCAAUUGAACCUAGCGAAAUGAUCUGGCAGACCUUGCUGGGAGCUUGCAGAGUUCAUGGCAUUGUUGAGCUGGGUGAAAUUGCUGCACAGAAGGUCCUUUCUGUUAGACCAGAUUCAGCUGCCUACAUUCUAUUAUCUAACACAUAUAUUGAGAGUGGGAGUUUUGACGAUGGUCUUAACCUACGAAAAGUAAUGAGACAGAGAGGUGUGAAGAAGGAACCAGGGUAUAGUUGGAUUUCUGUACAAGGUAAAGUUCACAAAUUCUAUUCGGGCGAUCAUCAACACCCGCAGAAGGAUGACAUCUAUGCCAAGUUAGAAGAAUUGAUGAACAGCGUUAAGUCCAUGGGUUAUAUACCAGACUUGAAUAUUGCUUUGUGACUAAUUUUAAGAUUCAACAAUACAUACUUUUCAAGCAGG